AUGGAUAGUACUACUGUUUUCACUUAUCCCAAAUGUAAAAGAUGCAAAGAACCCAUAACUGGUGGUCAUGCCUAUGAACUAGGAGGAGAUAGAUGGCAUACUCACUGUUUUAGUUGUUAUAAAUGUGACAAACCAUUGAGCUGUGAUAGUGACUUUUUAGUGUUGGGAACGGGUGCUUUGAUUUGUUUACAAUGUUCAGAUUCAUGCAAAGUUUGUGGAUCCAAAAUCGACGAACUGGCUAUCAUUUUGUCUAAUAGUAAUGAAGCUUAUUGUCCCGCUUGUUUUAAAUGUUGUAAAUGUGGAGAUAAAAUAACCAAUUUGAAAUAUGCCAAGACCAAAAAGGGCCUUUAUUGUAUAAAUUGUCAUGAAAAGUUAUUGGAGAAGAGGAAGCGACAUCAUGAACAUAAGAAAAGAAUUUCAAAAAAGGAUUUACCUGAUCUUCCUGAUGAUAUGAUGAUGCAGCCUCCUAUUAGGUCACCGAGAAGAAAUAAUAGCAUCUCGAUUACCAAGAAUAGUUAUGUUAAUAAAUCUAAAGAUAUAGAAAGUAAUGAGAAGCUGAAUGUUCCUAGAAGCAUUAGUACUAAGAAUAUAAAUGUUCUUGGUUUAGCUGCGCCAAUUAGCAUAAAAAGUGACAAGGCACCUAUAAUACCUCAGGUAUUACGUGAUGGUUAUGAGUCAGGAGAGGACAACAACGUCGAAGAAGAAGAAGAUGAUGAUGAUGAUGAAGAAGAAGAAGAAGAAGAAGAAGAAGAAGAUGAUGAUGAUGAUGAUUACAAUGAGAACAAGGACAAUGAAGGGGACUUUAGAGACUUAAAUAAUAAAAAAAAUAAUGAUAACAAAAAUGGCAAUACUGAUACUGAUAACAUGAAUAAGAACAACAAUGGUGAAAACAAUAGUUUUAAAAGGAAAAUAAAUUAUAACAAUGGCAAUUCUAAUUUGGUAAACAACACUGGUGGAAGAUUUGGCCAUUCGCACAAAGCUUCCAUUGAUGAUAUUUUAGAAAGCACAUUGGAGAAUAAUAUAGAAGACGAAAAGCUAUUAUUAAACAAAACGCCACUACGUAAUAACGUGAUAAAUAAAUCGCCAAAUAGGUCUGCAUUUGUUUAUGAAAGCGAUGACAAAAACAGGGAUAAUGAUGAUGAAACGUAUAGUGACACAGCAAAUAGAGAGGUACAUAUAGAUAAUAACAUUGUGAAAAUUGGCAUGCCUAUUAAUAGUAGAGAUAACAACAAUAGUAUGUAUAAUGAUACUAAUGAUGACAAGAAUAAUACUAAAAACAAAACCACUGAUAGGGAAUAUUAUAGUAGUGAACUGAUAGAUAUUUAUGGAAAUAAUAAAACUACUACUACUACUACUACUACUACUACUACUACUACUAAUAAUAAUAAUAAUAAUAAUAAUAUCGCCUAUCAUGAAAUUAACAUCGGAACACCUAAUUCCAAUACUGCAACCUUGGGUAGCUUUGCAGAUUUAAAUCUUCCAUCACCAGAUAAAAAAUUAUUGUUCACUAUGAGUACUAAUAAUGAUAUGAUCACUACUGGGAAUAUGAACCGUAGUAAUAGUGCAAGCACUAAAAUGCCUUUCAUAACAAAUAAAAAUCCCAUUAUUAAAAGCUCCAUCCAUAAAUCAGUGUCUACAAAUGAUAUUAAAUUACUUCCUCCUAAUAACUCCACAGAUAAUAAUUCUAUGGCUACCAUGGGUAUUAAUAACAUACGUUCUGUUACUGCUGCUACGCGUACUAGUAAUAAAGGUAAUUCAAGAAAUAAUAGUACAACCACUCCUAUUAACAAUGACAAUGUAAAAAACAAAAUUAAUAAUUCUGCAUCAACAUCCAAUUCUGUUCAUAGCACUCCAAAAAAAAUAAACAGGUCAUUAUCCUUAAAAUCACCUAGGAAAAUAUUGCAUUUUAAAACAUCUUCUUCAAACCAUAGUAGCAAUCACACUACCCCUUCUACUUCUAGCCAUAUUAAUAGUACACCAAAUGGAACUACAAGUAACACAAGAAAAGGCUUAGGAAUAUUUGAUGUGCAUGGUAAUAAUGAGGCUGAAACUGAUACGCAUACUGGAUGGGGCAUUAGGCAAUCAUUAACCAUGAACAGUUUGAAUCAUAGGACACCCACAAACCACAAAAAAUCAAAUAGUUCAAAUGGGGGUAGUAGUUUGGGGUAUAUUAAAUCACCUAAUAAUAAUGGUGACAAUAAUGUAUUACAAAAAACACCCUUGUUAUACAGUGCUAAUAAUACUGAACCUAUUAACAAUUUAGAUGAUUAUAAUCAUGCUACUAUUGGUAGGAACAAUAUAAAUGGACAUAGGAGAGUUACUUCUGCUUCAUCUAUAAUACCUAUCCCAUCAUUACCUCAAACACCUCGUUUGUUACCUAAUUAUAGCAAUACUGGUUCCAAUACCAAUAGUCAUGCUAUGAAUGGUCAAAUUGAUAAGAAUGGUAAUAAUACUGAUAACAGUACUAUUACUUCCACAAAUACUAGUCUUAAAAUUAAUAAUGAAGGUAUUGUUACUAAUAUUGAUAAUACUAUGGAAUUAGAAAUGAGAGAUUACAUGCUACAAUUAAGAAAAUUGAAAAUGGAAAUAUUAACUAUGCAAAAUACUAAGGAAACUUUGCAGGUAGAAAUCGAUAAUUUAAAAAAGACAAAGGAUAGGCUGUUCUUAGAAGUUUCGGGAUUAUCUUCUCAAAAACAAAAAAUGGCCAAUCGUGGUUCAUCCAAUGAGUCAAUUGAUAACAGUAGUAACAAUACAGAUUAUUCUCCCUCAAAUAUAACAAAUAAGACUGAAAGUUUUACAAGUAGUAGUACAAAUAGUGCUUCGCAUACCAAUAAUAAUAAUAAUAAUAAUAAUAAUAGUGGUGUUAAGUUUUGGAGGGCCAUAUUUAGUAGCAAUAGUACAAAUAAUAAAAAUAAUGUUAAUUUGGUAUCCAUAAGUGAUCCAAUACAACAACAACAAAUACUACAGAAUAACAAGAAACAAACACAGCUAACAUCCGUUAAUGGUGUUUCGCAUAGUGACAAUGAAAACAAGAUGCCUUCUUUAAUCGCCAUUGAAAGACAAUUAAACAAUUUCAAUGUGGGUAAUAUUAAUAAUAUCCAUAAUAAUAAACCUGUCUUGUUGUUGUUAAACAAUAUGACAUUGAUUUCUAGAUGUAAAUAUGAGAAUAAAAUAUUACCAACAAUUGUUCAAUUUUGCAUAAACACAAUUGAAAAAAAUGAUUCUUUUAUCCGGACAGAGGGCUUAUAUAGAAAAACUGCAUCCAAAAUAGUUAUUGAAUCAUUUGAAAAGGAGAUUGACAAUGUUAUUGAUUACAAUAGAAUGAAAUUUAUAUGUGAGAAUAAUCGUGAUUAUAACGAUGUUCAUGUACUUGCAUCAGUUUUGAAAAGAUAUUUAAGAAAAUUACCUAUUCCUGUUAUACCAUUUACUUUAUAUGAACCAUUUAUUUCAUUGUCCAGGGAUAGUACCAAUGUAACUGCCACCAAUAGCAAAAUGGAUCCUGCAAAUAAUAGUAUGACUACUAGUGCCAAUAGUGAGAAUAAUACCCAAUUGGUCAAAUCUUUGAUGAAAUUAGUUGGUGGUUUACCUAAAGAGCAUUUUGAUUGUUUAAAGGCAAUUAUACACCAUAUAAGUACGGUUUCGAAAUAUAAUAGAGAAAACCUCAUGACAAUUCAUAACUUGGCAUUAGUUUUCGCUCCCAGCAUAUUACGAGAUUAUACCGGUAUGUAUGAAAUAAAUGAUAUUCAACAUAAGAAUGUUAUUAUGGAACUUUUUAUUAAACAUGAAGAAAGAAUAUUUCAAUAA